AUGCGCUGUGUCCCUCGGACACAGCGGAUCAUUGAUCACGGAAAGAGCCAAAGAUGUCGGCUCGGUCAUGUGAUCAGCUGUGUCCAAUCACAGCUGAUCACAUGGGACAUGCACACUGAUCAUCAGGGCACUGAUGAUCAGUGUGCCCUGAUGAUCAGUGUAGCCCCAGCAGUGCCAGCUGUCAGUGUCCAUCAGUGCCAGCUGUCAUUGUCCAUCAGUGCCAAAUCAAUGCCAUAUAUCAGUUCCUAUUAGUGCACAUCAAUGCCACACAUCAGUGCCCAUCUGAGCUGCCUUUCAGUGUCACCCAUCAGUGCCAGUCAGUGCCACCUAUCAAUGCCAAUCAGUGCCACCUAUCAGUGCUGCCAAUCAGUACAGCCUAUUAGUGCCAGUCAGUG